AUGUCUGAUAUCCCUGUUAAAUUUUCUGAAGAAAUUGAUGUCAUUUCAAUUCUUGAUAGUUCAUCCUCGCAAGUUACCCUUCGUAAUUAUGAUCUUUCAGGUCUUAUUAUCGUCUCUAUAACUACCCCGGGACUCGAAACUCUUUACAAACCACUGGAAUAUAUGGAAGACUUUGUAAAUGUUUCAUCUUCCGUUUCGAAAAAUGUCAAAUAUGAUAUCUUUGCGGUUUAUGAUGGUCAUGGAGGAAUUGAUCCUAAAUCUAGAUUAAAGAAAGGAGGACAUGAGGUUGCAAAGGAAUGCGUUAAUUAUUUGCCGGCAAUGAUUAAAGAAACUUUGAAAUCUAAUAACGAUAUUGAAACCGCUUUGGUUGAAAGUUUUGAAAAAGCCGAUAAAGAACAUUUUAUAAAAAAUUUUCCCGAAAAUGUUGGAUCCACAGCGACGAUUGUUUUACGACAUAAUAAUACAACUCUUUACGUUGCUAACCUUGGUGAUUCUCGUGCUGUGAUUUGUGAUGAUGGAAAAGUAUCUUUCGAAACGGAAGAUUGUAAUUGGUCGAAUCCUAAAGAACAGGAACGUAUAGGGAUAAGUACAAAGAAUAGUAAUUACAUCAUCAAAACUAAGGAUGGGGAGAAAAAAUUUAUAUUUAAUGGAAAGCAUUUAAAUGGUGAGAAGUGGAACUUGUCCGCUUCACGUAGUUUAGGAGAUUAUCAUUUUAAAUUAGAUUCGGAAAAACCUCCUGUCCUUGCAAGACCUAAAAUAAACAAAAUAUCUAUUAGUAAUAAUAUGAAGUUGAUUCUUAUCGCUUCAGAUGGAAUUUGGGGAAAUGAUAUAGGAAUGGAAUCUGAGCAUUUUAUUUCAAAGUUCAUUCAAAUCGCCAGAAAACAAACUUCGACUGAUGUAGAUGAUUGUUUAAAAGAAACUUGUAAAGAAUUUGUUAAAUGGUGUAUAAUGGAUCAUUUAAAGUUGGAGUUUAAAAAUCAUGGGGAUAAUGCAUCUUUAAUUGCUAUUGGAUUACUUAAUGGUCAAACCAAGCAGCAAUGGUUUCAAGACAUUCAAAAGUGGAAAGGAACAUAUGAUAAUGAUGAUUUAAUUUUGAAAGAUUUGGUUCAAAAUGAUGAUGACGGUGAUGGUGAUCAGGAAGAUUCUAAUUAUGUAUCAGAUAGUGAAAGUUGUACAAUUGAUUUUACUCAAAUAUAA